CCAGUUAGUUCGUGUUCAGCCAGCAACGUUGUCGGUCGCGUUUUUUUCCCUGCUCUAUGUUUGCGCACUGCGUGCUGUUUACCUGUGUGAGUGUUGCAGACCGUUUUUGCAUUCACUCUCGUUCGGAACCUCCGCGGAGCGUUGUUUUCUAACCUGAUGAGACACGCCAUAAAUCAAUCCAGUGCAGUUUAUGAAUGUACACGUUCGUCCAUUGAGAAAGUGCGCGGGUGUUAAUAUGGUGUGUCUCUGUUAUCGGUGGAUAUUUGGAAAUACGUGUGAUAAAACAAAAAACUUGAAACCUGCGCAGAGGUAGUAACUUUCGUUUCGUUUGCCACUCGUGGCAGGCAGUGUGAAGGUAUGAAGCGAUUCGAGAAAUACCUUUAAAGCCCACUGGAACACACGGAACACCGAAUGAAUAACAGCAGUCUGAAGGCGGUGACGAGGAAAACGAAGAAACGACCAACAGCAGCAGCAUAAAGAAGAAGAUUGGUUAAAACUAACAUCCUGUACAGUGCGCGUGUGUGUCGGUGGUGUGGUUAACCCACGAACGUAUCUAUACACACGAACCAUUGUGUUGCGGAUGUGUAAAUACUCCAACCACGUGUAGGUGUGUUAGUGUUGAAGCUUUUUUUUUUCUUGAAUCAAGCAACAAUAUACGGAGUGUGCUGUAACGUGCGCGAUUUGGAGAAGCUGCAUAUUGAAGCUUUUAGUUUUGAUGAAUAGAGUACUGCGAGUGUGUGUUUGAGUGGUGGUGCAGGCGCAGUCUAGCAGCACGCACACCUUCGACGGUUCAUUCGGAACAGCAGCAGCAGCAGUUUCGUGUGUAUACAUUCGCAGACUAGUUAUGGAUUCAAUAUGGCUGACGAUACACGCAAAGUCCGUGUUGAGGAACAAUUAAAGAUAAAAAUAGGCGAAGCGAAGAACCUUCUCGGUCGUAAUGGCAACAACUGCAGCGCCUCCUCAUCGGGCUCGAAGGAAAACCGCGAUGUGUACUGCACGGUCGCGUUGGACCAGGAAGAGAUCUGCCGGACUCCAACAAUCGAGAGAACGCUCAGUCCGUUCUUCGGCGAGGAGUACCAGUUUGAGAUCCCACGCAGCUUCCGCUAUCUGUCGGUAUAUGUUUGGGAUCGGGACAGACACCUAAAGCAGGACAAACCAUACGGGAAAAUCGCAAUCAAGCGAGAGGAUCUGCACCAAUAUAACCACAAAGACCACUGGUUUCCGCUGCGACCCGUCGAUGAAGACUCGGAGGUGCAGGGUAUGGCUCAUCUGGAAAUUACCGUCGACGAUGGCGUUGGGAAUUUGAAGCAGACCAACGAAUUCGACGAAUGUGGUCAGUUCCAAUCGUCCAACAAUAGCACUUCAUCGUUCGGUUCGGUGAUAAGCAGCAGCGGUAGUAGUGAUACGAAAGAAAAUUCCACCUCCUCUCAUCUCCAUCAUCAAAACCACCACCUCCACCAUCAUCAUCAUCAUCAUCACCAUCAUCAUUUGGUGAACAAUUCUGUGAAUAGUACAAAUUUAAAAAUAAGUUUUCCAUCCAAGAGCGGCGGGGGCAUUGGCGGCGGCGGUGGUAUCGGCUGCGGUGGUGGAGGAGGUGGUCAUGGAACUCUAAGGACAAUCUUCGGUGGCAGCAGCGACUUCGGUAAUAACGUGCAGCAGCAACCAUUCCGUAAUAUACUUGAUAGCAGCAGCAGCUCGAGCCGAAGUUCGCGCAUCUCGAUCAAACUGACCGAGUGCAUGGAUUUGGCCCGGAAAAAUGGUCUCUGUGAUCCGUACGCAAUACUAACUGCUCACUAUUCGAAUAAGAAGAAAAUUACAAAACGUACUAAAGUAAGGAAGAAAACGGUCAAUCCUGAGUUUGGCGAAACCGUCAGUUUCGAUUUAUGUGUGGACGCGUGUGGAGGUGAUUCGAAAAGUGAUAGCAACAAUACUUAUACGGUUGUCCCGCUGGGGGGAGCGGAUUUGUGCGAAGUAGUGAUAGGUUUAUGGCAUGACAGUCCUGGUAUGGGCGACGACGUGUUUCUCGGAGAAAUAAAGCUGCCAGUGCGCGGCAAGCAGCAGCUGAACGCGGUUCAACAGAGUGCAUGGUACUAUUUACAGCCCCGGACAAGUCACUCGCGACCAACGCGAACGUGUGCGACUCCCCCGGGAACUCGGCUCUCUUGUGAUAAUUCGCUUGGGUCGCUACGUCUCAAGCUAAACUAUAAUGCCGAUCAUGUGUUUCCGCUAGCCACCUACGAUCAGUUGCUAAACAUCUUAAUCCAAUCCAUUGAUCAGAAACCCAUUACAGCCAGCGCGGUUCACAUACUCGGUGAAAUCAUCCAAAACAAAACCGAGGUAGCGCAACCACUCGUCCGGUUGUGCACCUACACCAAUCUGAUAGCUCCCAUGAUCAAGGCGCUGGCAGACCACGAGAUCUCCAAGCUGACCGAUCCUACCACCAUAUUUCGUGGUAACACUCUCGUGUCAAAAAUGAUGGACGAAGCGAUGCGUCUGUCCGGUCUGCAUUACCUCCACAACACUCUCCGGCCGAUCGUGGACGAAAUUUUCGCCGAGAAGAAACCGUGCGAGAUCGAUCCGGCACGGGUAAAGGAUAAAAGCAUGAUCGACUCCAAUCUGAUCAACCUGCAGGAGUACGUGGAGAAGGUGUUCGAGGCGAUUACCAAGAGUGCGGUCAAAUGUCCCGCGGUGCUUUGUCAGAUCUUCCACGACCUGCGGGAGUGUGCAGCGAAGUAUUUCCCCCAGAACAAGGAAGUUCGGUACUCGGUCGUGUCCGGAUUCAUCUUUCUGCGCUUCUUCGCGCCGGCCAUCCUCGGCCCGAAGUUGUUCGACCUGACGACCGAACCAGUGGACGAACAAACAACCCGUACUCUAACGCUAAUCUCCAAGACGAUACAAUCGCUGGGUAAUCUGGUGAGUUCUCGUUCGGCGCAGCAACCCUGCAAGGAGCAAUACACCGGCCAGCUGUACCGAAGGUUCGGCACUGAAAAGCACGUCCAAGCGAUAAAGCAUUUUCUCGAAGUGAUCUCCACCGUAGGUGCUACGAUAACCGAUGACGAGCCGACCAUGCUGGAACCGGUGGUGCUAAAAGAGGGGAUGAUGACCAAGCGAGCCCAAGGUCGGAAGCGCUUCGGUCGGCGGAAUUUCAAGCAGCGCUACUUUCGGCUAACGACCCAAUCGCUCAGCUACGCCAAGGCUAAGGGAAAGAGACCAAUCUGUGAUAUACCGCUGUCCGAGAUACUCGCCGUGGAGCGGCUAACCGAGAGGAGCUUCAAGAUGCAGAACAUCUUUCAGAUUGUGAGGAAGGAAAGACCACUCUACGUGCAAACGGCCAACUGCGUGGAGGAGAAGGAAUGGGUCGAUCUGUUGAGCAAAAUUUGCCAGAGCAACAAGGCGCGACUUGAAUACUUUCACCCUUGCGCCUAUAUCAACGGCAUGUGGACCUGUUGCAGCGAAACCGACCAGUAUGCGGCAGGUUGCGCCGCCGUGUCACCGAAACCAUUCCAGAUGGAGCUGGCGACAGCGCUCGAUCCCGCCCGGGACCUCCAGAGGCUACACUCGCUCAUCAUGGUCAACUUCAGCAGCCUGGAGGAGCUGGACCCGGCGCUGAACGCGGCCUGUGAAGAUCCGGCCGCCGCCCGGAAGACGAUCAAAAAGCUAAAUGAGAUUGCCAAUUCGCUCGAACGGAUCCAUCGGAAGUACAAAACGAUGCUGGUGCGAGAGAUGCGCUACGGCAGCCGACAGGCACCUAUAGGCGAUGACAACUAUCUGCAUACGUCACGGCUUAUGGCGGCCGGCGGGAACCUGGCGGCGACGGCUGCGGCUGCGGUCGCCUCCAUCAUCCCGCAGCACUUUGAAAAGUCACCAAAUUUGUUUCACCGAAACCACCAGCUGCGAAGUUCGGACAAUGAGCGAUUCUCUCAGUGUUAAGUUUUACUACUGUAUGUUCUACUGUAUUUGUAUCGUAGGCUUAAUUUAUUUAUUUCUGUUUUUUAAAAACCAGUUCUAUUAUGUAUUUGCCACCUUUUAGAGGACACGGAAGAGAUACAUCCACACUCUUUUUUUUAAGCUCUUACACCGCCAAGUUCUUUUGUAAAAGAGAAGCAAAAUAUUUAACACAUUACGCACAUAUUUUUCGUUUUUUAUAGUUAAGGCAAGCAUAAGCAAUUGUACAGUUGAUUGUGAACAAAGAAUAACUGAACAGAAUUAGUUUUCCAAACAUUCGUAUAUCUUUUAGUAACGAACUUUUUGUUGUUCAAACCUAAGCACAUCCCCACAGAAACACACCGAUCUUGAAGAUUCCGUUUCAAUAAGACUAAAGAGAAGGUAACAAAUUUCGUAAUCUCAUUCACUUCUUCUUCAGCUUAAUGGUUAUAGUUGUAAGGUUUAGCGUGAAAAUCAACCUGAAAUGCAAAGCAGUGAAGAAUUGUCAUGAUGUGUACUGAAUGAAUCGUAAUCGAAGUGCUGUUCUCGACCUGGUUGGGUUACCAAGGGGAUAUGUUAUACUUCGAUUCCGACAUAAGGCCGGUAGGUGCGUGUUGUCACCUUGCAAAAUUCGCUCAUCGGAACUCAAUAUUUGAGUCACGAGGCGAGGAACACGAAUCCAACUAGAACAAGUUAUUAUUAUCACAUGAGGAGAACACGAAAAAACGAUGGCUGGUGUGUAAAUCAUUAAUUCAACUAGCAUCCUCAAACCUAUCCCCCUCUCUCUAUCAUAUAAACAAACACACACUUUAUAUGUGCGAAAAGCGAUAAACAUAGGUACAGAAGAAGACAGAAUGAAAAAGAAAAGAGUCCAUCCCGACAUAUUUUACAAACAUUCUCCGCGAAAUAUCAGAGAAAAUGAUUUAUAAAUAAAGCAAAAAACUAAUUCGAACAAA